AUGCUGUCUAUACACCCCACACGCCUGCUGCUGUCUGCGGAGACAGCAGCAGCAAGCCUAUUCAAGGCAACUGGUAGCGUCUCCGUUUCUCUCUCUCAACCCCAACAACCCCAACAACCAGCAGCAGCAGCAGCAGGAGGAGAUGCAGCAGCAGAUACAGCAGCAGCAGCAGCAGCAGCAGCAGGAGGAGCAGCAGCAGGCUGUCUAUACACCCCACACGCCUGCUGCUGUCUGCGGAGACAGCAGCAGCAAGCCUAUUCAAGGCAACAGGGAGCGUCUCCGUUUCUCUCUCUCAACCCCAACAACAACAACAACCAGCAGCAGCAGCAGCAGCAGGAGAUGCAGCAGCAGAUACAGCAGCAGCAGCAGCAGCAGCAGCAGGAGGAGCAGCAGCAGCAGGAGGAGACAGAAGAGAAGCAGUGGCUUUAUUAUAUCCCUCAACUGUCUCCUCUCUAUUUGCGGGUUUUAUGUGUAUAG